CGAUGGAUGGUUUGAGGAUGCGUUGGGUUUCCAGCAGCAGGUGCAUGCUACAUACUAACGGCUUACUACUCACAUACUACCGGUUGUUCUAGACGUCCACUCACUGACUACUGACUACUGACUACUGACUGACUAGUAGUCGGCCGAUGGGACCAUUUCUUUUCUUCCAUCUUUUUCCUGCUCGCCCCCCCACUGCGGCAAAAAGCACAACAGUCCCAGGCAAUAUUACUUGCUCAAUAAUCCCCGAUACCGUGAAUACACGAUUAAUCACGGUCAACUGGAGACUUCGUAAUCCUGCUGCAUUUAAUGGGCAAUUAAUCGGCGGUGGAGCCCUUUGGAAAAAAGUGGAUCUGGCCGCUGUCCUCCUGGGGCUUGUUUUUCCAUUACAGCACAAAUUGUCACUAGUAUCGAGUUUAGUUUAGUGAGUCUGCUUGCUGCUCGGGAGAGGCUUGUUUCCAGUUUUUUUUUCAUGCCUGGUUUUUUAUACUUUUUUUUUUUCGGGACCAGGUCUCAAGUUCCCACAUUCCCGGUAGGAAUGU